AUGGCAGCUGCGGUGCUUCGCCAGGGCCCUAUCAUCGCCAUCGACAUGCCCGCCAACUCUAACACCACCACGACGCCUCUAACCACCACCAGCGUCAGCGCCGGCGUCAAAACCGGCUCCGACCCCGAACACGACGCCACACCCCCCGAGCUUAGCGAUAUCGACUACUUCCUUACCGUUCUCCAGUUGCCCUCUGGCCGAACCGAGGGCCAGAUAGAGGAUGACCUCGUCUCCAAGGCCAGCGCACUGGGUAUCUCGACUGCUGCCGUGGCCGAUAAGCGAAUCACCUCGAGCGUCGAGUCAGCCUCUACCGUCUACAACGCCCGCACGUUUUCCAUGCUAUCUGGUGGAUCGACAAGCACAGCUCUUACUACGCAUUCCUCCCUCUUUGGUCCGCCUACACCCGACCUCUCGAGCGCCAGGCAGUCCAAGGAUUUGAGCUUUGCUCAGUACGAGCGUUACUUGUCCAUUAUCGACCCUCACCACAACCAUCCCAAGUUCAAGGAGCCGCCACCUCCGGAUCCGACCACCCAGAGCAUCUUUAGUGGCAAGACCAACAAGCGAAGCCUUUUCGGCGUCAAAUCGGGAUUCAAGCUGCGAUGGAGGAAAAAGACUCCCCAACCUCUCGAGGUCCUCAUGACCUGCGUGUGCUGCCAUGCCGAUUUCAAGAGCUCAAGCUCAUUACACAGCAUCGCCUGCGGCCACACAUACUGCGCCGACUGCCUUAGAUCGCUGAUUCACGCCUCCAUGGCUGAUGAGUCCAGCAUGCCUCCACGGUGCUGCGCUCAGCCGCUCCCGGGCUCUAUUAUCAAGGACCUGUUGAGUCGGGACGCUCAGCAGGAGUUCCUCAAAGCCAUUAUUCAGUACAGUACUCCCUGGCAGGCGAGGAUAUUCUGUCCCAACCCCUCCUGCGGCGAGUUCAUUCCGCCACACUACAAGCUGGAUCCGAAAUAUCCCUUCAAUGUCACCUGCCGCAAGUGCAACACCCGGGCAUGCCUCAUGUGUAAGCGCAACGCCCACCCGACCGGAAAGGACUGCCCAGAGGAUUGGGAGCUGGAUCAGGUCUUGAAGAUGGGUGACAAGGCCGGCUGGAGGCGGUGUUACAAGUGCCGGAAUCUGGUCGAGCUUGUCGAAGGUUGCACCCACAUGACUUGUCGGUGCAAGGCCCAGUUCUGCUACAUCUGUGGUGGCGUGUGGGACGCCAAUAUUGGGUGCCCCAACUACUGCAAUGGCGAGGAAGAGAUGGAACGGAGGAGGCGGGAGGAGCAGGUCCAGCUCGCCGAGUAUGAGGCAGAGAAGCUUGUGCAAGAAGCCGCAGCCGCCGCGGCGUCAGCUGAACGACUCGAAGCCGAGGAGCGAACACGAAACAAGGACGACUUUUCCAACCUGGCCGAAAUGCAGCAGCACGAAAUGGAGCGGUUCCUCGAGUUUGCCGAACAAGGCAGGGAACACAUGAGGGCCCGAUAUGCGGAGCAGAAACAGGCCAUGGUGGAACGACACGCGGAUCAGGAAGAAAAGAUGAAGGAGAAGCACGCUAGGACUGUCAGCCACCUCGAGGAUCGGCAAGUGGCUGCCGAGAUGGACCUCCGAUCUACUCUGGAGGCGAGCGAGCGAAGUGUCAAGAUCCGACUCAAGCAUAUGGAGGCUUAUUGCGAUGGUCUCGGUCGUGGUGGUGACCCCAGCUCAAGCUCGACUUCCCUCCCCCAUCGCGUGGUGACGGAGCGGGACCUCCGUGAAUUAGGCCAGCAGUACAACAUCCGGGACGGCAUGGAGAGGUCGCACCAAGCCAAGAUCAAUGUCAUGCGGGACCGACAGGCCAAACGCAUGGAGGAGCUCAUGGACCGCCAGGAGAACGAGCAUGAAAAGUUUCUUGACCGAUGCCGUGACGAGCUUGAGGCCCUCGCUGUCCAAGCUACCCACGACGAAGAGACGUUUGCCGGCACGUUUGCCACCAGAAAGGCCAAGCUGGUGCGCCGGUGGGAACUCGCCAUUGAGAUUCUUCGCAAGGAACUCGAGGCCCACGAUGGCGUCAAGUAUGCCCCGAUUCCAACACCGACGUGGCCCGAGGAGAAGACGGCAGAGUCCCCUUCGACAGAGUAA